GGUCUUUCCGAAUAAUGGCAAGCGUGAUGAAGAUGAAUUGAGGAAUUCACUUUUUUAACAUUUGGUAUAUAAUAGUACUAUUCAUACUCCUAAUAGUAAUACUAUUCAUACUCCUAAUAUUGAGUACACUUGCAUAUAGUACCUUACACUCUUCAUUGGUUACAUUACGUACGACAUUAUCAACAUAAAUCCUGAAGGAAAAGUAACCCUGCCUCAAUUAAAGCCGAGUAUACCACCUCACGUUACCUUUUCAUAUAAGUCGGCAGAUUCCCGCCAAAUCGGAUACAUCUAUCUGAAUGGCUAUCCGGGUCUCUCUCCUCACUGAAGCAGAUAUCCCAGGUGCGGUAUCCGCCAUUCAGCAAGCUUUCGCAGAUGAUCCUUACAACAAUUGGAUAUUUGACAAAUCUAAGUUCAAUCUCCAACGAAACGCGGCUUCUCUUGGCAUGCGAUGUCGAUGGGGCAUACGCAAUGGUAUUUUCCACGUUGCCAAAGAAGAGGGCAGCGACGAAGUCCUUGGUGUGGCUUGCUGGCUAAAGCCACGAAGGGCGGACCAGAAGCCUACUUGGCACGACUGGAUCGAGGGAUGGCGACUGUGGCUUAGCCAGAUCGGAAUGAUCCUCUACUAUGGCCGAGGGGGCCUGAAUGUCGACCGUUAUUACAUAUGGAAGGAAACUCAAGCCAAGGCCCAGUCAUCUGUAUGGACCGACCCGCGAGGGUACUACUUCCUCAAUAUCAUGGUGGUAUCGCCCAAAGCCCAGGGCAAAGGAAUAGGCCGGCUUAUGAUGGAAGCCGUGACUAACCAGGCCGAUGCCGAAGGCAUGAAUUGCUAUCUUGAAUCCAGUCGUGACGUGCCUAAUAUGCAAAUAUAUGGUCGCUUUGGCUUCAAAUUCGCGAAGGAGCUAGAGUGCGAUGACAAUGGCACAGCUAUCAAGCUCUAUGCUAUGGUCCGAGAGCCUAAUGCUGAGCCUCAAAAAGACUAACCAUAACCGCAAUAGCGUCUUGCCGCCUGUGAGUUCUUUACAUUUACAUAGGAGCAACGGCGGAAACAACGGUGGGAAUAUGAGCUCAGGGUUCAAUACUCGACGAAGCCAAGGAUGUGGAUCUCUCGAUAUUCUGGCCAUGGGACCGAUGUUUUACGAAGUCACAGCACGCAGAUACGACGUCCAAAAAUUGAUCAUCAAAUCCAAACUCGACUCAAUGAAGGCACGAAUAUAUCUUGGCUAUUUUUUCUAUUUUACGAAAGGCGCUUAUUUCAGGGUCUUCUAAUACAGGAUCUAAUGUGGGAAACAUCUUAUUACGUUUACCGCGCUGCUGAUCUAUACCGAUAGUUAUAGCCAAGGCUAACUCCAGAAGAGCACGUCCAAGCAAAAUGUUUGAUGAUCAACUAGCAACCACCUGGAAAUCUUUUUCACAAAUUGAUAAAAGAGUUUGGGCAAAAAUGCCACAUCAAUACCGGAUACGGAUUUCUAACACAACUCUGACAACACAUAUUUACAUAUUUUACCUGGAUAACGAAAUUACAUUAUGAUAAUAGAACCAAGAUCUUUACCAUUA